AUGAAUUGUUGCACAAAGAAGCCAAUCAUCGACAGGAAAAGUGAAACCUUGAGUCACAUUUGCCCAUCGAAGCUAAGCAAGCGCGAGCUACAAGAUCUGUACUACACAUUACUUCAGAACAAUCUAGAACUGAAGAAGAAAGGGAAUCAACAAUCUGAGAGGAUAAAGAUAUUAUCAACGAAGCUACAGCGGAUGAUCGCCACACAGAGAACCUAUGUGGGGAAAGACAUCAAAGACUGCUGUGCUUCUACCAAACGUAUUGUCGAAGCACAAAGGGAAUCCAUAGCAGAAUUGAAAAAACACAAUGACCAGUUAAGAGAGCACAUCAAACAGCUUACUAUGAAACUGUGUUCUACAAAGCAGUUCUUACAAGGAAAAGCUCCUAAUCCACUCCAAUCAGCAUCUCGUAUCAGUAAUCUGGCUCGCUCUGCACCCACCUCUGCCUCCGGAGAAGGUGCUACUGUGAAUUCUGCACCAGCUAGGCAAAUAACCACAUCUGCUCCGCCAAUUAAGAAAUGUGGGAGUUUUCUAAAGUGUCAAAAGCGCAAUUGUAAUAAAGAUAUUCAUGUCAAACAGGAGAGUGAUAUUAAGGAAGAAAUUCAAAAGGAAACUGACGAUAAGGUCUCAGAAAAAGAUAUAAAAGAAGUUAAGAAAGAUGAAAAAGACUUGAAAGAAGUUCAAAGGAACUUAAAAAAGGAUUCCAAAGAACUUAAAAAGUUUUCUAUUACCAGUCCACGUGGUACUCAUAAUGAAUUUAACUGUUAUAGUCAUCGAAACAAGAUUAUAAAAAUGAACAUCAUUGGCUUACACGAGUCCUCUGCUGAACAUAAGCCUUCUCCUGAGCACGCCAUCACUCGCGGUCCUGUGCCGUCCGCAUCCAGCCGCUGCCAGCCACCUUCUAAAGGUUGUCCGUCUAUUUGGCAUAAGGCGUACUACAGUACAGCCGCCACUCUAGUAAAAGUCUGCUCCGUCCUACAGCCUACAGCUAAGAUAGUCGUUGGGUGGUGUUGUAGGAACGCCAAUAUCGAAUGUGUUUACGACUACUAG